AUGUUCUCUAGAAGAAUUAAAAAACCAUCGACUUAUUUAUGCUAUGUUAUUAUUAUUCUUGUUAUAUUAUUUUUAUAUAUUACAAUAAACAUCUACAAAUUUUCACAAGUCAAUUCAAUACAAUCAUCUUAUUGUUCUGAAUUAUGUCCUUAUUCAAGUAUAUUAAGCAAUGAUACACUUCAAUUUGAUUCAUCACAUUUUAUUCGACAUUUUCCAGACUUUGUUUGUCCACAAAAUUUUCGAAAUCUUGCUGAUUGGGUAUAUGGUUGGCCUGAUCAAUUUCAUGAACAUUUAAAAAAACCAACUGAUAAAGGACAACAAAUUGCUCCUUGUUUACCACAUGGUAGUAUUAUUUAUGUACGCAUAUGGGUAAUAAAUGAAUUCUUCGAUCAUGUUUAUCCUUAUUUGCAAAAUAAUUUUGUAUUAGUUACUGGUGAAGGUGAUUUAUCAUCACCAGUUCAUAUGGAACAUCUCGAAAGUCCUGAUUCAAAAAUAAUCCAUUGGUUUGGACAAAAUGGACAAUAUGAUGUAUCAAAAAGUAAAAAAUUUACUCAUAUACCAAUCGGUAUUAAUUGCUAUGAAAUGGCUGAUGCUAUUCAAAGUAUAUAUUCUCAGCAACGAGAUCAUAAAUUAUCUCCUAUAUUCUAUGAGUUAGAUGAGCCAUCCGGUUAUAUUCAACCACAAGAUGUAUCAAAUCGUGCACUAACUACAAACAUAGAAAAAGAAGACUUAGUAUUAAUUAAUUUUGAUAAAGGUACUGAUAAAAGUGGUCUUCGUUCACAUAUUUGGAAAAAUCUCUGUAUGAAAAAAAAAUCAUCUAACUAUACAUUUGUGACAUGUAUAAGUAAACCAGGUGGUGUUCAAAUACAAGACCUACCAAAACUAUAUGAACGUAAUCGUCAAUAUCCAUUUUGGUUAUCACCACGUGGUAAUGGUAUUGAUUGUCAUCGAACAUGGGAAGCACUUUAUCUUGAUAUAAUACCAAUUGUAUGGAAUAAUUCAUUAAAUAUUCUCUAUGAAAAUUUACCUGUUGUUAUUAUAAAUAAUUAUGAAGAAUUAAAUGAAAAUAUUUUAUAUGAAAAAUUAAAUGAAAUAUCGAAAAAGAAAUUGUCAGGAAAAAAAGUUUAUCAAUAUGAAAAAUUACGUAAUGCUUAUUGGCGUCGUUUAAUAUUGAAUAAAUCAAGACAUCGAAAGAAGAAGAGUAUUUAUAAACGUACAAAACGAUGUUGGAGUGCGAAAAGUACAGUUAAUUGGAAGCAAUAUUUACCUUUUUAA